AGUCUCAUUGUUGCCCACGCGCGGUGCAAAUCGGGAAGGGAUGCGAAAUCAGAUAACCACCGAAUAUUAGGAGGGUCGUAUGCAACAAUAUUGGUGGGGAACGAGGACAAACUGUCGUAAUAAUUUACUGCACAUGUUGCCUUAUUUAGUAAUAGUAUUUCAGAUUUUAAAAUUCUAAACGUAUUUUUUUUACAAUUUUAGAAUUGUAUCAGUUUCCCAGUGAGGUAGUUCGAAAAGAUUUAAAAUUCAACGGCAACACCCAUAUUCCACGAGGACGGUGUUUAGUAAAAUGUAUCCUGUUAAAAUUGGCACACACGACGGAACUUUUCAUUGUGAUGAAGUUUUGGCAUGCUAUCUUUUACGUCAGCUGCCGGAUUACAAGGAUGCCGAAAUAAUUCGGACUCGUGACCCUGUUGAGCUGGCGAAGUGUGAUAUUGUGGUCGACGUUGGCGGAGUCUACGAUCAAAAACAACACCGAUACGACCAUCAUCAAAGGUCCUUUAAGGAGACCUUCAACAGCUUAUGCCCAGAGAAGCCAUGGGUAACCAGGCUGAGCUCAGCUGGUUUGGUUUAUCUUCACUUUGGUCGUCAAAUACUUUCCCAUCUUACAGGCUUGGAGCAAGGCAACAGGCAGCUGGAGAUCCUUUUUGAUAAGAUGUAUGAAAACUUUGUUGAGGAAGUGGAUGCUGUAGAUAAUGGGAUUUCUCAGCAUGAUGGAGAGGCACGAUAUACUGUUAGCACAACUCUCAGUGCUCGUGUCAGUCAUCUUAACCCAUGGUGGAACAGUGACUUCCAGGACACAGAGGAGGGUUUUAAGAAAGCCAUCUCCCUGGUGGGAGAAGAAUUCUUAGGCCGGUUGCACUACUAUCAAAAUGCAUGGCUCCCAGCAAGAGUGGUAGUGGAGGCUGCUAUUCAAACAAGGCAUCAGGUGGAUGCCAGUGGUGAGAUACUUUUGUUGGCUCAAGGGGGGUGCCCUUGGAAAGACCAUCUCUUCUCCCUGGAAAAAGAACUGAAACUUGAUUUAACAAUCAAGUUUGUGCUCUAUCCAGAUCAAAAUGGGCAGUGGAGAGUCCAGUGUGUGCCAGCUGGACUCAACACAUUCCACAACAGGCUGUCGCUGCUGGAGGAUUGGCAUGGGAUUAGGGACAGUGCCUUAUCCCAAAUCAGUGGAAUCCCUGAUUGUGUCUUUGUUCAUUCUAGCGGUUUCAUUGGGGGAAACAAAACCAAGGAAGGUGUUCUUGACAUGGCUAGAAGAACAUUGGAGGCAUCUUACAGAUGCAAUGCAAAUAUUUGCUAAGGCACCCUUGCUUUAUUGGUCACUGCAUAAAACACUUGUGGAACCACGCUAACCACUGGGGAUUCUUAUGGACCAGAAUCAGCAGAUUAGGGUCGUCUCACCGGAGCAAAGGUGAGCAAUAACAGUAUAAUCAAAUAAUAGUCUCUAAUCAAUUAAUCACACAGAAUAAAGUAAAAUAAAGAAGAGUCAUUCAGUAGGGCAAAGACUGUAGUAUGUUUUCAUUGGUAAUUUUUACUCCUCAAAAGUUUUAAAUUGGUACUAAAAUAAUAGUGAAUUGAAUAAUAAAACUCAAAAUAACAAAAAGUGUAUGAAAAUUCAAAAACCCAAAUCAAAGUUCAGAUUCUGAAUGCAAAUAAACAAAACAGUAAAAUAAUAAAUUUUACACACUUAAUUUCAGAAUUAAUUUUUCCAGGUUUUUUUUUUUUGUUUUGCAUUCAAAUCAGCCUUUUUGUCCAGUUGAGUUUAAGUUCGAUGUCUCAAUUUCAAGGCCAAAAAUAUAAAACAAUGUUCAUCAAAGAGUGGAAGAAAAAGUUUAAAUCCAGUAGAGAGAAAAAAAAAACUAAAUGUUUAAUCCACUGAAGGUCCAGGCAGAAAAAACUUUAGUUUGAUCCUACCAGUUUGGCAGACUUCACGUUCUUUUCUUUGUUUCCAGGUAUGAAUGAUGGAAUGGCUCGCCAGUCCCGACCGGAAUACGAAUAUUCAGCAAGGACAGGAUUCAGGAACAAUUCUCACAAAAAAAUAAAA